AUGUUGGGCAUACGCGCCGCUCUCAAGGAGGACCUACAGGCAUCGCCAGCAGAGAUGAUCUACGGAGAACCAAUUCGACUGCCGGGAGAAUUUCUACAAAAAUCAUCGGCGGAGAAAAACGACUCCAGCAGCUUUAUUCAGGACCUCAGACGUCGCAUACAAAAGCUUCAACCGCAAACAGUACGACAGCAUGGUCAACGAGCCGUCUUUGAAUACAAGAACAUGAACGAAACGAUUCAUGUAUUCAUAAGAUACGAUGCUCCGACGCGAGCAUUACAGCCCACAUACGACGGUCCUUACGAAGUCAUGCAAAGAAAUCCAAAGUUUUUUAAACUGAUGAUAGGAGCAAAGACGAGCAACAUCUCAAUCGAUCGUCUAAAACCGGCAUACAUUUUGACGGAAGAAACAAGUAUUCCGUCAGCGAUGCUGACACAGCAACCGAAGAUCGCGCAAGACGUUUUAAAUGAGACGGCAAUCAGGACAGAAAGCGGGAAAAUUUCGAAGCCUCCGGUACGCUUCAAGAACCCAGCCUUUAAACAACGAAGGGGAGGCUCAGCAAGCGAGGUGCAUAGGGAAUUUAAAAGAACGGGAGAUGCCUUAUAUGGGGCGCACCUUAUAGCGGACGAGUGCUGCGAGAAGUGCGGCUGCGCGACGAUAAAUGGGAGCCUCGCGAUGAAAUUCAGGGAAGCGCGAGCCUAG